AUGGAAAAUGAGUUUAGUCUUCCAUUAGCAGAUGAUAUGCAUUGCCAUUUAAGGCAAGAUGAGAUGCUAAAGUUUACUGUUCCCGCAAUAAAAAAAGGAGGGUGCAAUCGAGUUUUAGUAAUGCCUAAUACUACACCAAUUAUAAGCAGUUGUGAAGAAGCCAAGAAAUAUAGAGAGGAAUUAAUAAAAUAUGAUAAUAGUGUAGAAUAUUUAAUGACUCUAUAUUUAAAUAAAAAAACUGAUGAAAACGAUAUAUUAAAUAAUUAUAAAGAAUGCAAUUUACAAGGAAUAAAAAUAUACCCUAGUAAUGUAACAACAAAUUCUAAUGAUGGUGUAUCAAGUUUAGAACCAUAUUAUAAAAUAUUUUCUACAUUAGAAAAAAUAAAUAAAAGUUUACAUAUACAUUGUGAAGAACCAAAUAUAAAUCCAAUGUUUGCAGAAAAGGAAUAUUUACAACAUAUACAUGAUAUAGCUAUUAAAUUUCCACACCUAAAAAUAGUUUUAGAACAUAUAUCAACUGAAAGUAUGAUAGAAAUUAUUAAAAAAUAUCCAAAUGUAGCAGGAUCUAUUACUCCUCAUCAUUUACAUCUAACUAUUGAUGAUGUUGUUGAUAUAAAAAAUUAUGAUUAUUCAUUCAACAAUACUGACAUUGAAAAAUAUAUAAAAAAUGUAUAUAAUUAUUGUAAACCUUUACCUAAAACAUUAGAUGAUAAAAUAGCAUUAUGUAAUAUUAUAAAAGAGGGAAACCCUAAAGUAUUUUUAGGUUCUGACUCAGCUCCACAUUAUCAAAAAUUUAAACAAGAACCUCAUUGUAAGGCUGGUAUUUUUACACAGCCAUUUCUUUUAUCAUAUAUUGCUCAUGUAUUUAAUAAAUUUGAUUCAUUAGACAAGAUUGAAAAUUUUGCUUGUAAAAAUGCUGCACAGUUUUUAAACUUAAAACCUAAAUGUGUUGAAAAUAAUCAAAAUGGUACUAUAUAUAUUAAAAAAAAAAAUUUUACAAUACCAAAUGACUAUUUUGGCGUUGUUCCAUUUUUAGCUGGCGAUACAAUUGAUUUUACUGCAUCCUAUAAAUGUGGCAUCAUUUAA